ACCAGCUGUCAACGCGACGCGAUGACUCCUCAUCCUGGCAUCCUGGGCAGCGGGCACGAAGGUGGACGCACAGAUUUACGUUAGCUUCUGUUGCGAGAUUGAUCAUCGCAUGUCCUUGUCCCGACCCUGCGCCGGACCGAUCGUACCAUGAGUGUGUUGCGUCGCUGGUUCCAGACCGGUCUGUUGUGCGGGAGGGCGCAGUGCCGCUCAGCCGCGGGACGGGGGUCCAUGUGCGGCGGGGCUCCUGCUCUGGCCCGGUUCUCCAGCUCUGAAAGCCCGGUGAACCUCACCUAUGACGUGUUCGACGGGAAGGGCGAGAGCACUCCGCUCGUGUUCCUCCACGGCCUGUUUGGGAGCAAGUCCAACUUCCACUCCAUCGCCAAGUCCCUGGUGCAGCGCACCGGCAGGAAGGUGCUGACCAUUGAUGCCCGUAACCAUGGUACCAGCCCACACCAUCCGGUGCUGACCUACGAGGCCAUGGCCAGCGAUCUCAAGCACCUGCUCACCAAGCUCCACAUUGAGAAGUGUGUUCUGAUUGGCCACAGCAUGGGAGGGAAGGUAGCCAUGACUACGGCGCUGACACAGCCUGACCUGGUGGAGAGGCUGGUGGUGGUGGACAUCAGCCCCGCCCAGACCACCACGCGGACCAACUUCCGCUUCUACAUCAACGCCAUGCAGGCGGUGACGGUGUCCAGCACGCUGCCCCGCUCCACCGCCAGGAGGAUGGCCGAGGACCAGCUCCGCAAGCAAGUCAAGGAACACUCUGUUCGCCAGUUCCUGCUGACCAACCUGGUGGAGACCAACGGCCAGUACUCCUGGAGAGUCAACCUGGCGGCCAUUUCGGCGCACCUUGAUGACAUCAUGAGCUUUCCAAGUCUGGACACCACCUACGACGGCCCCACCCUGUUCCUGGGUGGAGCGAGUUCUGCCUACAUCAGCUCAGAGGACUAUCCAGAGAUCCAGCGGUUGUUUCCCUGCGCCGACAUCCAGUACAUCCCGGACGCAAGCCAUUGGAUCCACGCGGACAAACCGCUGGACUUCAUCAGCUCCAUCAGCUCCUUCCUGCAGUCGUAGGGAGGCUGAGUGGGCUCCCUCCCCAGCCUAGCAGCCUCCCAGCCCCCCCUGCUGAGGGGGGGGGGCUGGGAGCAGGGGGGGCGCCUGGCUGCAAACUCUCACGGUGCAGAUGGUCCCCAGGUCCCCAGGACGUCCACCCGUGGUCCUAACAAGACUAAUGUUUAAAGUUCCGGACCCAAACCCUUUCUCUAAUGCAGUCGGUUUGAGUUCAACAUGUGUAGUGCAUAGUAGCGUGUUUGUUGAUGAUGUUUCAGUCUUUUUACUUUGUGCAUUUCUCAUCAAUGGCUGGCAGAUGUAGAAUGUUGAGUUUGUAGAGUUGGUGUUAGUUGAAUUAGUGGACUAGUAGCAAGGCGGCAUAGAAGUACUUGAUGCUAUCGGGUCUUAAUUGAGGGAAGUUGGAGAUAAAUCCUUAUCCAAAGAAUUUGUUUGCACAGGUCCGUGGCGGUGAAGGAUGUGUGUGGAAAUGUCAUUCCUCCCUGCUUCUAGAACGGCCUUGAUGUAGUUAAACAGAAGAUCCAGAAUGAUGAUAGAGAGGCUUGUCUCCUUUGGAGUAAGUCAAGAAUGUGCGUCUUCAAACCAGACUGCAAAAGAAUUGUGUACACUAGUGUAAGUGUUUUGUGACGUGAUCCUUAUGGUCGUGCAUUACCGGUGUUGUAGAACUCAUGUAGUUGUUUACCGCGUCACCUCCUCCAUGUCAACCUGGUCCAUAGAUGAGGUGCUCUCCUGGGUCGCUGGAAUAGCUGGCUGUGCUUUUAUAUAAUGCCAACCAGAACAGCUACGUCAAGCUGUGUGCUGAAUAUUUCAGGUUACAACUGUGUGAGUGUGUGUGUGUGUGUGUGUGUGUAUGUGUGUUUGUGCGGGCGCCUGCUUGGGAUAAAGAAGCCGUAUCGUGCAGUCCUGUCUUUUCUUAUUUCUAUCCCACCUAUCAGUGUGGAGAUGGUUGUUCCUAAACCAUGUACAUGUAUCACCCUUAUCUUUGGGGUAAAGGCUGUAUAGUCUUCUGUAUGCUGCAGUGUUUCAUGUUGGGUCAUCAUAGUGUUGUUAACGGCGUUGUUUUCCUUAUUUCAGAAGGGACUUCUUGGUGUUUAUCAUUUCAAAUAGGAAUAGUUCAGCUACUGCCAUGUGUCUCUUGUCUUGGUGAGCAGGGUGUGUUUGACUCAGGGUGUCGUAGGUCAGCACCUUCCUCCCCCCCACGCAUGGGGGUCUGCUCCUCCAUGGUACAUGGAGGAGCAGACCAGAGGGGGUCCUGACGGAGCCCUGCAGAGCUCGGGGAGUCCUCUUUAAUCAGUGGGCAGCUGGGCUGCCGCUUGGGGGCAAAUGGAUUGAAUCUCCAACGUAUUAAAGGUCUAGCACAAUAUCGUUUUUUGUACACGAUUAUAACGGCACUUGCUAUUAGAUCCAAGCAAUCCCAUUUAGUUUUUGUUAUGACAAUUUUCUGAAUGACUUGAAAUAUAGGAUUUGUAUCUGAAUGCAACCAGAGGGGCAAAGGCCCUUUAUGACAUGAGCAACUUAAACAGUGUCAGCUGAGUGAGGGUGGUUGAGAAUGUCUUCAGAGCUCCAAUGUAAAAGUAUAUUAAUUCAUUUGAUUUAGAAACGGACCGAAGUGUCUGAUGCUGUAGUCUAAGCAUGCCUUUCUCCUGGUUCUAUGUGGAUGUUUGCGUCUCCAGGCUACAUGUUUUUUUAGCCGUUUUGAUUUAUUUUUUAAAUGAUAUUCCUUAUAGACAAUGAAAUAACUUAAACAAAAUGCAGAAUUAAAAAAAGAAUAUGGGAUGUGUAUAUGAGUGAAUUAUUUAGAUGUACAUUAUAAAUAUAUAUAUUUACAAAAUGUAUAAUGGAUAUAUACAAUAAAAUCGACCUAACAUUGA